GGUGUCACCAUGCUGCUGCCGUGCUCCGAGCAGGCCCUGAGCCAGCUGCUGGCCCGCAAGGAGGAGGAAUGGCGAGCACUGCAGGCCCACCGAGCGCAGCUGCAGGAGGCGGCCCUCCAUGACGCCCGGGCCCGGCUGGAGCAGGCGCAGGGCAAGCUGCAGCGCCUGCAGGAGGACUUCGUCUACAACCUGCAAGUGCUGGAGGAGCGCGAUCGGGAGCUGGAGCGCUACGAUGCCUUGUUCGCUGAGGCCAGGGCACGGGAGGAGGCCCGGCAGGCGGAGACCAGUGAGCUCAGGAUCGAGGUGGCCAAGCUGAAGCAGGCGCUGGCCAGGGAGGCCAGGCAUGCAGAAGAGCUGCAGCAGCAGCAGCAGCUGAAGUUGCAGGAGCAUCGCCUGGAGCUGGAGCGUAUCCACAGCGAGAAGAACGGGGAGCUUGACCAGCAGCGGGAGCAAUGUGAGAACCUCAAGUGGAGGCUGGAGCGGAAGCUCAAGGAAAUUGAUGGUGAACUUGCUCUGCAGAGACAGGAGCUGCUGCUGGAGUUUGCGUCUGAAAUGCAGAAGCGGGAACAGGAGUUCCGCCUCAAGGCUGAUGACAUGAGCAACGUGGUCCUUACCUGCGAGCUCAAGGUUAAGUUUCUGAACAAAGAGCUUGAGGCUCUGAAGGAAGCUGGAGUCCAGGCAGCGGAAUGCUUGCAGCGGGCAGAGGUGACGAACGCUGAGUUAGAGAGCAGGCUGCAGAGCCAAACCUGGGAGCUCCGGGACCUGGAGGCCGUGAAGGAUGCCCAGAUAAAGGAGUUAGAGGAUAAGCUUCACUCUGUGCACCUGGCCAGGAAAAAAGAAGAGGACGCAUUUAAGAGAAAGCACGAGGCGCUUGACCGCCUGGUCAGGGAGAAGGACACGGCGCUGGUGUCGGUGAAGGGGACCCGCCUGGAGCAGCAGCAGGCGCACGAGGCCAGGGUGAAGCAGCUGCAGGCCCAGUGUGAGAGCCUCGAGGGGCAGCUGCACAGGGUAGAGCAGGCCCAGGCCACUGUGCUCCAGGAAAAGGAAGCCAUCAUCAGCAGACUCUGUGAGGAUGUGGCCGCUCUGGAAGCCGGCCGGGAUGCCCAGAUGGCACAGAUGGCCAAGGAUGUGAUCUCCAGAGACCUGCAGGUCCAGACGCUGCAGGAAGGGGAAGAGAAGCUCAAGGCCCAGCUGGCCAGAUGCCAGCAGGACAUAGACAGGUACAAGCAGCAGCUGACACUGGCCCUGGAGCGGGAGCGGAGCCUGGAGCGGGAGCAGGUGCAGCUGGGCCUGGACUGGCAGCGCCGCUGUGAUGACGUCGAGCGAGACCAGAUCCAGAAGUCAGAGGCUCUGAUACGAGGCCUGACGGAAGCCAGGGAUCAGGUGGCUGCUAAGCUCCAGGAGGCUGAGCGGGCUCUAUGUGAACAGGAGCUGGUGCUGAGGGCUGUGGCCCUGGAACGAGACCAGGCUGUGGAGGCUUUGCAGGGGAACGGGCCCCACCCUGGACCAGAGAUGCAGGUACCUGUGCGGCAGCCCGAUGGAGAAAUGGGCAGAAUCUCUCCCUCCGCCGAGGUCCAGCAGCUGCGGGAGCAGAACAUGAGUCUGCGGAAUGCUGUGUCGCAGAUGAGGAGGGAGAUGGAAACGCUGAGCAGCCAGAUCCCUUCCGCAGCCCAGUUAGGAGAGAGCCCAGAGGCAAACCCACCGGACUCCGGUGGGGAAGGAGACACAGCCCGGCCAGAUUAUAUUCUGGCUCUUGAAGCAGAAAUUCAAAGCCUGCAGCACAAAUUUCAAAGCCUGGAGGAGCAGCUGGUCAGCGUCCCAGGGCCUUCCGAGUGGUCGCUGGGCCCUGCGGCCCCGGACGCAGACCCCCAGGCCCUCGCAGAGCCCGUAGGAGCAGCUCCCUGGGCCUCCCAGGCCGGCACUGGAUUGGCGCUGAGGAAACUCAGAGACAGGGUACAUCUCUUGGACUUGCUGGUGAUACAGCUCAAAAAGAAGGUGCGGCAGACACCCCUGGAGCCGGAGCUGCUAUGUGCCGUGGACCAGGUACAGCUGGAGGUACAGGAGCUGCAGACGCAGGUGGCCGAGCUGGAGCAGCAUCUCAGCACGGCUGGGCAGAGAGGCAGGCGCCCUGCCCAGCAGCGCCUCACAGUGGGCCUGGAGAGCACUGAGGACCAAGGGCAGCUCCCCGGGCACCCCCAGCUAGGAGCACCGCCACCACAGCCACCCCACCUGCAGCGGAAACUGCAGGAAGCAACCAGAAGAAUCCUCCGCCUCCACCUAGAGAAGGAGCAGCUCAUUGAGAUGGGGAACCGGUUGCGAGCUGAGCUGGGCCAGGCCAAAGGGAAGCCACCUCCUCAUCCCCCUCCUCCUGCCCAGGAGCCCCCACGCCCAGCGCCCUCUGAGGCACCGGUGUGUCCCACACAGCCUUUAGGAGAGUUGCAGCCCUGUGGAACUCAGGACCCGAAGUGUGCAAAGAAAAAGAGCUCCUCGGAGCUGGCUGGGAGGAGCCAGCCCCCCUCCGCACAGACUGCCACUUGCCAGAAAGAAAACCGGUCUCCGAAGCCACGGCAGGCUCAGGACAUCCCUGGGGAAGACGGACACCUUGCCCACAGGUCGUCCUCACUGGCCAGCAGCUCCCUGCAGGACACCUGGCGGCUCCUAGACCUGGGCUCCAGCCCUUCGCUGGAUCACUCCAUGACAGAGCCCUCGCCGCCCUCGCCGCCGCCGCCACCAGACUGCCGUCCACAGAAGGCCAGCAGGAGCGCCAGCAAGCCGCAGGCAGCCUUCGCCGUCCAGGGGUCGAAGGUGGCGACUCAGCCCCGGGCCACACCUGCCAGGCCUGCCAGGCCUGGACCUGUGAAGUGCAGACACUGCCAGCAGCCCCUGGCCGUCCGCAACUACAGCCCGAAGGCCUGACCUCCCCGGCGGCGCUUGGGCACUGUACAUUCGAGGGGUACGGGUCGGCACGCGGCCUGCAAGCUGGCAUGAAGGGCA